CCCCUCCAUAAAGCCCACCCCCCAGGGCCGGAUCUAUUCCCUUCCCCGCCUCUGAGAGCCGAUUGAGCCGGGCAGUUCCUUCCAGUACAACAAGUGGAGAGAAGUGAUGAGCGGAGGUGACCUCGGGAGAGGAGUCGAGUAUGAUCACUACAAGGGCUGCCUGGUUCCUCUGGAUUGCUUCUCUUCUAACUGACCCUUGGUGACAAUGUAUUGAAAGUAUGUCACUCUGAGUGCUGGUGAGUGUGCAAAAUGGCAGCACAGAAGAUAAGAUCUGCAAACAUCAAUGGCCUCCCACGCUGCAAGUCUGAGGGUACCCUGAUUGACUUCAGUGGGGUUCCUGACCCCAGCCUCAGCGAAGUUAAAGUGCUGUCUCCUAGUUCCCUGCGCAUUGACAAUCCUGCAUCUUUGGAAAAUGUAAAGGAGGUUGUGGCCAUUAAGGACUAUUGCCCCAACAAUUUCACUACUCUGAAGUUCUCCAAAGGGGAGCACUUGUAUGUACUUGAUGCUUCUGGUGGUGACUGGUGGUAUGCACAUAACUCAACAGAAAUGGGUUACAUUCCCUCUUCUUAUGUGCAGCCACUCAACUAUAGAGACUCCUGCCUAAGUGACAGUGGAAUGAUAGAUGGACUUCUGGAAAAUGUGGAUGAGGGAGUAAAGGAACUGGACCUCUUGGGAGACUGGACUGAUUCCUUCAAUCAGGACUCUGUUAAAAAAAGUCACAAUAAUCCCUUCCUACGACCCUCUGUUUCUAAUCCAUUUCUUAACGGCCCUUUGGUGUCCCAAACCCAUGCUGCAGAUACCGAAAACUCUGUGGAUUUACUUCUCUUUGAUCCACUGGCUCCUAGUCAUGUUAUAGCUUCUGAAACCAGUACAGACAUGCUUGUAAAUUUGCUCCCUAACACCACCCCAAAUAAAGUAGCUGUAGCGGUUAAGAGGGACAAUUCAUUUUUCCGGAGCAAGCGUUCCUACAGCCUCUCCGAGCUGUCUGUCCUCCAGGCAAAAUCUGAGGGCCCAACUACAGGCAGCUUCUUUGCUGGCCUUAAGUCCCCAGCACCUGAGCAGUUCCAGAGUAGGGAGGACUUCAGAACUGCUUGGCUUAACCAUCGCAAACUAGCCAGGUCCUGCCAUGAUCUGGACCUGCUUGGCCAAAAUCCUGGCUGGGGUCAAACGCAGCCUGUGGAGACGAGCAUAGUCUGCAGGCUGGACAGCUCAGGGGGUGCCGUUCAGCUGCCAGACACGAACAUCAGCAUUCAUGUCCCAGAGAAACAUGUUGCUUCAGGUGAAACUCAGCAGAUCUCCCUAAAAGCCCUGCUUGAUCCACCACUGGAACUUAAUAAUGACAAGUGCACUACUGUUAGCCCUGUGCUGGAGAUUAAACUAAGCAAUAUGGAUGUGCAUUGUCCUCUUACCUUGGAAUUGAGAAUUUCUGUGGCACUAGGGGGUAAUGCUUCUGCAUUGAAUAUGGUAGGAAUAAAGUGCCUGCGGAGUGAUGCUAGGGAAGGGCCAUACAACCCAGUGACACAGAUUUAUAUGUAUGGAGAUACAGUUCAGGUAAAACUAGACAACUUAGAGCCAGUCAUGUAUGUAGUAAUGGUGGCUCAAGGACAGGGCAUUGUGUCUCCUUCCUCUGUGUGGGAGUAUAUUAAUAAGAAGGUUACUGUGGGACUUUAUGGCCCCAAACACAUACAUCCCUCAUUUAAGGCUGUUUUAGCCAUAUUUGGUCAUGACUGUGCCCCAAAAAGUCUGCUGGUCAAUGAGGUAGGGCAGCAAGCCAACAACCCUGCUCCAGUGACCUUGCAGCUGUGGGGUAAACAGCAAUUUGUCUUACCCAAGCCUCAGGACGUACAACUUUGCCUUUUCUCUAAUAUGACUAACUAUAGAGUGGAUGCUGGUGACCAGGGCAAAAUCGUGCGUGGCUUUCAGCUAAAACUUGGUAAGGUCAGUAGACUUAUCUUUCCAAUUAUUUGCCAAGACCCUGAUCAGCUCUCUGAUUUUACGCUAAGAGUUCAAGUGAGAGAUGAAUUUGGAGGAGUUCUAUCCCAGUACUGUGUUCAAACCCCUCGACCACUUCCAAAAACUGGGACCAAGUCCACUGGACCAAGAAGAUUCCUGAAGAAGAAGGAGUUAGGAAAAAUAGUUCUGUCUCCACUUGCUAUUACAUGCAAGUACCCAACUUUCCAAGACCGACCAGUGACCAGUCUGAAGUAUGGGAAACUCUUAAAAACUGUGGUGAGGCAAAGCAAGAAUCCCUAUCUGCUGGAGUACAAAAAAGGUGAUGUAAUAGGGUUGCUGAGUGAGGAGAAGAUCAGACUUAAAGGACAAUUGUGGAACAAGGAAUGGUAUAUAGGAUAUUACCAGGGUAAAUUGGGACUGGUUCAUGCCAAGAAUGUACUUGUUGUGGGUAAAGUGAAGCCAAGCUUUUUCUCUGGCCCAGAACUGACUACAGGGCUUCUGCUGGAACAGAUCUUGCGUCCUUGCAAGUUCCUAACCUACAUCUAUGCUUCUGUCCGAACCUUGCUAAUGGAAAACAUUGGGAGCUGGAGAUGUUUUGCAGAUGCCCUGGGUUAUGGAAACUUACCACUUUCCUACUUCUGUCGUGUAGAAUUGGAGAGCGAGACAGAAAGAGUGGCAUCUGUCCUGGAGAAACUUAAAGAGGAGUGUAACAGUGAAGGCAAAGAGAAAAAAUCCUUCCAGAAGGAGUUGAUCAUGGCCUUGCUAAAAAUCGACUGCCAGGGUUUGGUUGUACGGCUCAUUCAGGACUUUGUUCUGCUUACAACAGCAGUGGAAGUUGCCGCGCGUUGGAGAGAGCUAUCGGAGAAACUGGCAAGAGUGUCCAAGCAACAAAUGGAUGGCUAUGAAGCCCCACAUCGUGAUCGGAAUGGAAUGUUGGAUAGCGAGGCCAUGUGGAAACCAGCUUACGACUUUCUCUUGACAUGGAGUGCACAAAUAGGAGAAAGUUACCGAGAUGUCAUCCAAGAGUUACACACAGGUCUAGACAAGAUGCGAAGUCCAAUCACCAAACGGUGGAAACAUCUGACUGGAACCCUUAUCCUUGUCAAUUCUUUGGACAUUCUUAGAGCUACAGCCUUCAGUACUGAGGCACCAGAGGACUGCAUCAUCUGAGGACUGAGGACUGCAUCAUCUGAGGACUGCAUCAUCUGAGGACUGCAUCAUCUGAGGACUGCAUCAUCUGAGGACUGCAUCAUCUGAGGACUGCAUCAUCUGAGGACUGCAUCAUCUGAGGACUGCAUCAUCUGAGGACUGCAUCAUCUGAGGACUGCAUCAUCUGAGGACUGCAUCAUCUGAGGACUGCAUCAUCUGAGGACUGCAUCAUCUGAGGACUGCAUCAUCUGAGGACUGCAUCAUCUGAGGACUGCAUCAUCUGAGGACUGCAUCAUCUGAGGACUGCAUCAUCUGAGGACUGCAUCAUCUGAGGACUGCAUCAUCUGAGGACUGCAUCAUCUGAGGACUGCAUCAUCUGAGGACUGCAUCAUCUGAGGACUGCAUCAUCUGAGGACUGCAUCAUCUGAGGACUGCAUCAUCUGAGGACUGCAUCAUCUGAGGACUGAGGACUGCAUCAUCUGAGGACUGAGGACUGCAUCAUCUGAGGACUGAGGACUGCAUCAUCUGAGGACUGAGGACUGCAUCAUCUGAGGACUGAGGACUGCAUCAUCUGAGGACUGAGGACUGCAUCAUCUGAGGACUGCAUCAUCUGAGGACUGCAUCAUCUGAGGACUGCAUCAUCUGAGGACUGCAUCAUCUGAGGACUGCAUCAUCUGAGGACUGCAUCAUCUGAGGACUGCAUCAUCUGAGGACUGCUCACAGAGACAGAAACCUGUGGAUCUGCUCUGGUGUAUUUGCUGCUGCACAAUUGACUUUAAGGACUGAUGUUUAACCCGCUUCUGAAAGAUUUUGGUUUUGACUAGCUAAAAGGAGUAAGAACAUAUCAAAGAACCAUAACUGUUGAAUGAACCAGAAAUAGAUCUGCACACUUUGAUACAUUUAGCUACUGUCCUCUUUGGCAGUGCAAGAGCCCUGCAGUAAAAAAAAAAAAAAAAAAGUAUUUUAGAUAAAUAUUAGCAGUUUUAUGUGUGACAUGUGCAUAGUGUAAAAUAAUGUGGACAUAAGCCAAAGGCACAAGCUUUGUGCUUUCAUCUCUGGAUCUUUGACAAGCACAAAGGAGUUAAUUAUGGACUCUUUUUUUUCCACUUUUGUACCAGAAAUAUUUUGUACUUGAUUAGACUUUAAAGAGACCCUAGAGACUAAAUACCUAAUGUGCAUAGUACUGUGCAAUGGUUUCACAAAGACAUUACCUGAUUAUCAGUUUUUAAUUUAUCUCUUCAGCUGACAAUAAGAGAUGUACAUAUUUAUAUAAAUCCAGAAGCCCUUCCUUCUACUGACCGCAUCAGAAUGAGCUCCUCAUAGACACUGCUGGAGCAAUAACGGAAUACGUGAGGUUAUCAUUACACCGACACUGUAACAGGGGACACAACGGAGUUAAUGAAAACCCGCAAAGAAGUGUAAACACAUGGGCGAUAACACCUCUCGCCUCAGGUUUCUGUAGGACACUGGUUCUCCUUGUGCCUUAAACAUCUUGUGCUGGUGACACACUCACUUUUGAAUGGAAAUCAUUGCCUGUGCUCCCUGGUUGAGGGGAGCUAUAGAGCCUGUUCUUUCUCCUACACUAUUCUUAUAGUUGAGAGCUGAUUUCUCCUAUUUUUCUGCAGUGACAAUCAGGGGGAAUGUGCCAGGUGUCUGUCACUGGAUUCUUUUAUGUUUCUUUACCUUUUGUUUUCAUUUCUGACAGAUUUCUAACUACCUCACCUUCAUUUUCCUUAACAAUCUAAUAAACUUCUAUCGUCACAGAA